CUAAGGUUUUCAAGCAGCUUUGAAAGUGGAAACUUGCGCAGGGUAACACAGGUAGGCGUGUAUGAGUAUGACAUUCAGCUAGAACCAGAUACCAACUCAAAUCGGCAUAUGCAAUGGUUUUACUUCCAGGUAUCUAAUGUGCAGAAAGGUGUCUCGUACAAGUUUAACAUCGUCAACAUGUGCAAAUCAAAGAGUCUGUACAAUUAUGGGCUGCGACCUCUACGAUAUAGCGAAUGCCAUGCAAAGUCAGUGCAAUUGGGGUGGGAACGCUCUUGCAAAGAGAUAGCGUACUACAAGAGUGGAUUAUACUAUCGCUCGCACAGUCGAAUUCCUUUCCGCACAUUGACUUUCACUUAUGUUGGAGAAUACGAUGACGACACUGUUUACUUUGCUCAUUGCUAUCCGUACACGGUCAAUCAACUGAGUGAGGAUUUGACUGCAUUGAUGGAAUCUAAGGAUGCCUCUUGCAUGACCAACAAGGUCAAACUUGGAAGGUCACCUGGAGGGAAUGAUUGUUACACCCUUGAGAUCUCAGCCACAGCACCGGACGAAAUAUUGCAGAGCAGAAAAGUGAUCUUCAUUCUUGCACGGUGUCAUCCAGGAGAAACUCCAUCUAGCUAUAUGAUGAAAGGGGUCAUAGAGUUCUUGGUUGGAACAAGCCCUGCAGCAAAGAAGCUACGUGAGAAGUUUGUGUUCGUCAUCAUUCCGAUGCUGAAUCCGGACGGAGUGACCGCGGGAAACACUCGAACAACUCUUCUUGGAGAUGAUCUGAAUCGGCACUGGCAUGAACCAGAUCAGAAGCACCGGCCUCUCGACCUCUUCAAAGAAUAUCUCAGCAAGCACAGAAGUCACAAAGAGGUUUUCUUAGCCGUCGAUCUUCAUGCACAUAGCCGGAGGAAGAACAUUUUUUCUUAUGGAUGCACUCCAUCCAAGGAAUAUAUUGCCAGGGAUCGACUUCCCACCGGAUAUGAAAGAGUCUUCCCUUACAUAUUAUCAAAGAUGUGUGAUGCCUUCAAGUACGAGCAGUGUACCUUUGACCUUAAGAAAGGAAGGGAGGGGACUGGAAGGUCCGUCUUGUUCAAGGAUUUCCAGAUAAGAGCUGCAUACACCAUUGAGGCUUCGUUCCUGGGUGGAAACUUUGGAAAGUAUGAUGGACUGCACUAUACAACUGCUGACUACGAAAAGUUUGGAAAGCAAUUCUGUGAAGCUGUCUUGGAAUUUAGCAAUGAAGAGAGGAUGCAAUGGUAUCUCCGCGAGAUUAGAGCUCAACAGAUAGCCGAUGAUUCGGACGAGAGCGAAGAAUCUGACUACAGCUCAGAAGGUCUCUCUGACGACGAGGCCUUUCCUGCAAGUCCUCGUGAAGUUUAUAGCGAAGUGCAUCCAGUAGAAAUCAUUGAGAAGCAAGUGUCUCCAUCCUCGAGGGCGGAGGGUGCACGCCCCUUCAAGUACAUCACCAAGUCCUCUGAAGUGAAGCGAGACUCAUUCGUUGUGGUCCCACAUGUGAAGGUACAAGUGUCAUCCUCGCACUCGAGAGGAUCCAGCCCCUCCAACUCUCCGAUAGAAAAACUUCCGAGCCCAGAACGAGUCGCACUCGUCAAACCCCCCGGCUCUCCUACAGGUGCAAGGACCAAAGCUGCAGUCAAGGCAGAAUCUCCCGUGCUGCCUGCAGCUUCUGCUCCGACCAUGGCAGGCAAGAACGAGAAGAGAAAGCUGGUGGCGAAAGCUCAUGGCCUGAACUACUACGAUUCAUCUGUUCUUGAUCGAGUGCGAGACAUGAGGAAGCAGAUGACCGGCACCAACGAUGAGUUUGUGCUGCUCCAAGGAAGGAUCUCCAGAAUCGCCGGUUACUCGCAACGACUGUUUGGCGCCAAUGCUAAAUCAGAUGCAUAACUUCAGAUAUUUUGUUUCACUAUUGUUCGACUUCUUUCCCGUUGUAUCUCCAUGUGUGCACUAUGCAUCAGUUGUAGCAGAAGCUUUCUCAGCGUGAUUCUCUGGUGUGUGUCGGAAGCAACACAAAUUAAAUUAGCGUCGUC